AAUAAUCGAACAAACAUUUCCUUUCCAAUACGAAUUUUUUCACCCAGGUUUCUAGUGGGACUCUGGGAGGAGUGGAGCCGCCGCUAAUUCCACGUGCGGUGUAUUAUACUAGUCUCUGAAUUCCAUAGCGAGGAGCAAACCAGGGAAAAAUGGCCGCCACGAGGGUGGCCGCUGCAGCCGCUUCUGGCGGGGCCGGCGCUGGCAUGGUGCUGUCGCGGCCGGUCACUUUUGUUACCGGCAACGCCAAGAAGCUCGAGGAAGUUCGUGCCAUUUUGGGUCACUCUAUACCGUUCCAGUCACUCAAGCUCGACUUGCCGGAAUUGCAAGGCGAGCCCGAAGAUAUAUCUAAAGAGAAGGCUCGACUGGCUGCAAAGGAGGUGAAUGGGCCUGUGCUAGUUGAAGAUACUUGUCUUUGCUUCAAUGCCCUCAAAGGCCUACCAGGUAAAUACAUUAGGGUACUAUAUUAUGUGUUUUUUUUUUUUUUUUUUGUGCUCUCUUUCUCUUUCAUGAUGUUCGGUUGUUUGAAUAUGUUGCAGGGCCGUACAUGUAAGUUUCUUUCAUUCUUAGUGCUACUCGUGAGCAAGUGGUUUCUGCAGAAGAUUGGUCAUGAAGGUUUGAACAAUUUAUUGAUGGCAUAUGAUGAUAAAUCAGCUUAUGCUCUCUGUGUAUUUUCUUUUGCUCUUGGGCCAAAUUCUGAGCCGCUGACAUUUUUGGGGAAAACUGCGGGGAGGAUAGUUCAUCCAAGGGGGCCCAAUGAUUUUGGAUGGGAUCCUAUCUUUCAACCUGAUGGCUAUGAGCAGACUUAUGCAGAAAUGGCCAAGGAAGUAAAAAACAAAAUUUCUCAUCGCUCGAAGGCUCUUGCACAGGUGACAUCCCACUUUGGUGAGGCCGGUUACAUUUUCCAAACAGGCCUUAUGCAAGAGUGAGAUAUAUAUGCUGAUGUUGCUGCCAUGCCAUAUAUAUUAUUAAUGAUUAAAUUUUUGCUUUUUGCUAUACUGAGAAUUUGUUUUCUGCUUGGCUGUGUGGGAAGAAUUGUAGAGGAAGGGAAAAUAGCUAUCUUUCUUGUUGAUGCUCCCUGAAAAUGGGGACAAAAUCACUUUUUCCAUGCACUAAAAUAUGUCAUAUGAACCGGUCGGGUCAUGCAGGGAUUAGGAAGAGUAUAAACUGAUUAAUAAACAAACUUUGACCUA